AUGCUCUCUAGACUUUCCAUGAACAGUGUGAAGGGUCUCCAUUUGGGAUCCACAAUUGCCAGAUCAUUCUCGAGCUCUACAAAGGCUUUGAAAUCCACAUAUGACUCACCCGACUUCACGUCAUAUUUGAAUCGGUCAAAGGGUGCCAACCCUGAUAAAUCCAGGGACUAUACAUACUUCAUGGUUGGUGCGUAUGGUGUUUUGGGUGCAGCAGCAGCAAAAUCUACAGUUGAUGUUUUCCUUUCGACAAUGUCUGCGUCUGCUGAUGUGUUGGCUAUGUCCAAAGUUGAGGUUAAGCUUGGUGCAAUUCCAUUGGGUGAGAAUGCAGUUGUGAAAUGGCAAGGUAAGCCAGUGUUUAUAAGACACAGAACUCCAGAAGAGAUUCAAGAGGCUAAUGACGUUGAUAUUUCCACACUUAGAGAUCCUCAAAAGGACGCGGACAGAGUUAUCAAGCCAGAGUGGUUGAUUAUGGUGGGCGUUUGCACUCAUUUGGGUUGUGUUCCUAUUGGAAAUGCAGGAGAUUACGACGGAUGGUUCUGUCCUUGCCAUGGUUCUCAUUACGAUAUUUCUGGUAGAAUCAGAAAGGGACCAGCACCAUUGAAUCUCGAAAUUCCACACUACAAGUUUGCCGACGACAGCGCUAGUGUUUUGAUCGGUUAA